AUGGUCCUGGCCAGCGGCUUGUCGCUGGUCAUGGGCGUUGCGUCCAAGGCUGCGGUUGCCCAUUACAUGCUCGGAAAUGUCAACGAGGCCCAUGUGAUCCAGGAUUUGAAAGACGCCAAGGCCGUGGGCUUCGAUGCCUUUGCCUUGAACACUGGCUGUGUGUCCGAGACCUGGGUGGACAAGUCGCUGGGCUUCAUGUUCAACAACGCGGCUGCGAACGGCAUGAAGGUCUACCUGAACAUGGACCUGUACGCUUCGGGCGACGCAUGCUACAACGGCGCCACGUGCUGCGGUGUCGGCAAUGACUACUACGAUCUCUGGAACAAGUACAAGAGCUCGGAUGGCUGGUACAAGAUCGACGGGAAGAACGUCGUCGGCACGUAUUCGGCGGCCCGGUGGUCUGCGGUGGAGUUCACGGCGUUGAAGAAGAAGUGGGGUGACUUCUACUUCUUCCCCGACCUUGACGGAACCGAAGGCUACUACGAAGCUGCCGAGCCUUGGUGGGACCACUGGGGCACCGUCAUCGACGGCAUUGCCAGCUGGGAGAGCUCGUGGCCCAAGUACGGCAACUUUGGCGGCGCCUACCCCGGCGACGUGGGCAUCGACACGCCGCAGGCCAACGCCGCGGCGGCGCACAGCAAGGAGUACAUGAUCCCCAUCAGCCCGCUGCAGUACAAGGACGCGUACAAGACGAACCUGUACCGUCUGGGCGACAUGAACCUGCCGGUGCGCAUGGAGAACAUCCUGGCCAUGAGCCCGCGGCCCAACUACGUGCAGUUCCAGACGUGGAACGACGGGCCCGAGAGCCACUACAUCGGCAACAUCUGGAAUGAGCAGAACUCGGACGCGCAGCCCUGGAGGUACAUGAACCCGGACCGCUACAGCCACAAGGGCUGGCAGCCGCUGGUCGAGUCGUUCAACCGCGCCUUCAAGACGGCCGGCUCCACGGCCGCCAGCAUGACGCCGCCCGGCAGCAAGCUCGUCGUCGGCUCCAUGUGGUACCAGAGCUUCCCGCGCAAGACCGAGUGCACCGGCCCGUGGGGCCAGUACUCGGAGAAGCCGACCAACCUGGACGCCGGCGUCGAGGGCGUCUACUUCGCCGUCGUCAUGAAGGCCGGCCUGCCCUCGGGCUACACGCUCAAGGUGUACAGCGGCAGCACCACGACGCCCGCCGUCUACUCGCUCAAGGCCGGCCUCAACUACGGCAGCGCAGAGGUCCUCAACAAGGGCGCCCAGUUCCUCGAGAUCCUCGACCCCUCCGGCAAGCGCGUCGCCUCGGGCUCCGGCGGCAUGUGCGUCGCCGCCUCCUGCCCCCGCGGCAUCUACAGCCGCAACUACCACGUCGUCAGCGUCGAGGAGGGCGAUGCCGGUUCGACCUGCACCCCUUGGCCCGCCGAGUCCGACGAGAAGGACCCAGACCCGGCCCACACCAGCACUGGCGUUGCCCAUACUACUACUACUACUACUGCGCCCAGUACUCAGGAGACUACCAAGGCCCCUUCUGGAGAUGGACUGAAUAGCGACUGUGUCAUGUUCCUGCCCCAGACUCCGCCAAAGGGUUUUGAGGGUUUGAGUUCUUGCAAGGAAUUUUGCUAUAAGCAAAUGGGCGUUCCCGUUCCGGCGACUGAAAAGCAUACCUUUACGUGCGGAAAGCAAGUGACGGCGGAUUAUACCGAUCUCCCUGGAUAUCCUGGUGUCCAGACCGCUCCCGGCGAUUGCUCGUGCUCAAUGGACACGCUGGUAGAAAUUGUCACAACGGCAGCGACCAUUGUAGCCAACGUAAGUUAA